AUGCUGGGCAGAAGGCCUGGCAAAAAAAAUGCCCCAGUCAAGGGCAAAGGGGUUGCUGCAGCCAAAGAGCUUGGCCUGUUUGUAGACUUCAAUCCAGAGGAUAUGAUGAUGGGAGUCCCAGAUGAUGCAGAUGAUGGAGACCUAGAAGCAGAGCUAGCAGCCCUUACUGGUGGAAAAGUGACACCCAAGGCAAAACCUAAAGGAAAAGCUGCAGUUCCUAUGGAUCAUAUAGACAAGAUGGCACAGGAGUGUAUGAGAGACUUGGAUGCAGAGGAAGAAGGGGACAAUGAUGAUCUAGAGGAUGAUGAUGAUUUUGCUGGCUGAGCUGCAGGAAGUGAUGGGGGCGGUAGAGGAUGAUGAGUCUUCUGUUGACACACAAGAUGUUGAAGAAGCUGAACUUCAGCAAGUGGAAGAAGCAGAGCCUGCUAAACAAGUUACCUCUUCAGCUGAAGACCACAAAGGUCCCUCUAAGACAAGCACGGGGGGAUUGCUGCAAACGCUACAAGACCGGAUCACCAACUACCAGUCAGCAAUUGCCAAUGCAAAACAAGCCAAUGAGACUUCCAAAGCCAGGCGAUAUGACCGAGGAUUAAAGACACUGGAAUCUAUGUUGAAAGCUGCUAAACAAGGCAAGCCUGUGAAUGAGGAGGAGAUGCCACCACCAGUGGCCAGUGGGAAAUCUGCAGAAGCUCCACAAACUCCACUCCCCACCAUCACUGCACAGGAAUCGGCUCCAGCUUUAACUGAAUCAGAAACAGUUAGCAGCCAGAGCCAGCCUGUGGAGGCAGAAGUACCAAUUACUGCCAGCGAGGAGCCAGCUGUCACACAAGAAGAAGCAGAGAGCAAGACUCUACUCAUGACAAGGCACAAUGAGUACAAGAUGGCGGCUCUGCGAGCCAAGCAGAGGGGAGAUAUUGAGAAGGCCAAAGAGUACAUGAAGAUUUGCAAGAAAUUUAGUUCUGUUCUAGAAGCUAUGGAGAGCGGACAACCUGUUGAUCUUAGUCAGAUGCCUCCUCCCCCUAAUGACCAAGAGGUGCAAACCUCAGAACAGAGCACACCAGAACCCCAAGAGCCCAGCCCUGCCACCAGACCAGAAGUUCCUGCAGUUACGGUGUUGCAAGCUCUGCAGCAAAGGAUGGAUCGCUACAAAUCUGCAGCGCAGCAAGCCAAAGCCAAUGGAGAUGACAGGAAGGCCAGAAUGCAUGAGAGGAUUGUCAAGCAAUAUCAGGAUGCCAUACGGGCUUCCAAAGCUGGCAGAUCAGUGAAUCUGGCAGAGCUCCCAGCACCUCCAGGGUUUCCUCCAUUCCCUGGCAUGGAGAGCGCGGGAGAUGUGGGGCAGUGUGGAGAAAGCUUUGGAAGCUGCUCAGAAGUUGGCACAUGCUGGUGAGGAUGAUGGAGCUGAAGAUGAAGAGAGGAGGAGGGUGAACAGCCAGCAAAGAAACCUGUCCCACAAAAGCCCAUCCAGAUUGUCAAACCACAGGUGUCAUCAACCCUUCCACAGCAAGAUGAGGCACCUCAAAAAACCAAAGUCGCUGAAACCACAGAGCCCACUGGGGACUUUCCCCCUGAAGUACAAGAACAGCUGGAAUUCCUGGAGAACCGCAGGAGACAGUACAGGAAAGCAGCUCUCCAAGCUAAGAAAAAAAAAUGACCUGGUCCUUGCCAAAGAGCACAUGGUAGUGGUCCGUACUAUCCAAGCUUCCAUCGAUAAAGUCAAAAGUGGGACCCUGGUUGACAUUGCCAAGAUCCCACCACCUCCAGAUGAGGACAGUGACUUUGUUGUAGUAGAACAUGAAGAUACCAGGUCACCACAGAACUCAGAUGAAGUUUACUCUCAGUUGUUGAAGCUUCUUCAUGAACAGCAUGAGAAAUGUUUGCGGUACUCCAAGCAAUUUACUCAGAUGGGAAAUGUUGCAGAAACCACAAGGUUCGAAAAAAUGGAAGAUGAAUGCAAGAAGAAUUGUGAUAUCCUUCACCUAUCUCAAGCUCAGGGCCGGGAUCCACCUCCCUAUCAUUUUGAAGACAAGACAUUGAGAAUAGUCCGAGUAUUCUCGGAGCUAAGUAGUACAGAGAUGCUGCUGAUUAUAGUACGAGGCAUUAAUCUUCCAGCCCCUGCAGGAAUGGCACCCAACGACCUGCAUGCGUUUGUGAAGUUUGAUUUUCCAUAUCCAAGCACGGAACAGCCACAGAGAAAUAAAACCUAUGUAGUUAAGAACACCAACUCUCCAGAGUACGAACAGUCGUUUAAACUAAAUAUCAACCGCAACCACAGAGGCUUCAAACGGGUGGUUCAGGCCAAAGGCAUCAAGUUUGAGAUCUUCCACAAAGAGUAUUCUUGUUCAGAAGUGAUAAGCAAAUGGGGACCGCAAGUGUUAAACUGGACAAGUUGGAGACGCAGUGUGAGAUUCGAGAGAUUGUAGAGGUGUUUGAUGGAAGAAAACCAACUGGAGGGAAACUAGAGGUAAAAGUUAGGUUAAGGGAGCCUCUUAAUGGUCAAGACCUUCAAACGGUGACAGAGAAGUGGCUGGUGAUGGACCCUGUUACAAGGAAGGUAAUGGCAU